AUGUCCGCCGACUUCUGGGCCGGCUACGUGAGCGGCGCCGUCGGCAUCCUCAUCGGAAACCCGCUCGACCUGAUCAAGGUCCGACUCCAGGCCCGAGACACCGCCCUCGCCGGCCAGACCCCCGCAGCCUACGCCCGGCAGUUCGGCUCCGCCGCCUCCCUCGUCACCGGCACCGCCGCCCCGAUUUUUGGGUAUGGCGCCCUCAACGCCCUCCUCUUCGUCUCCUACAACCGCACCGAGGCCGCCCUCCAUUCCGCCUUCUCCGCCGGCGGCGGCGCAGCAGCACACUCCUCUUCCUCCCACCCCAGCCUCUGGUCCACCUGGAUCGCCGGCGCCGUCGGCGGCCUCGCCACCUGGGUCGUCAGCACGCCCACCGAGCUCGUCAAGUGCCGCGCCCAGGUCUCCUCGCCGCGCCAGUCCAGCUGGUCCAUCGCCAAGCAGGUGUACCGCGGGGAAGGCGUCCGGGGGCUCUACUUCGGCGGCGUGGUCACCGCCCUGCGCGACAGCAUCGGCUACGGCUUCUACUUUUGGUCGUACGAGCUCGCGUCCCGCUGGAUCGAGGCCCGGUCGGGUCCGCUGGCAGGGGGUGACGACGGCGACGGCCACGGCGCCGGCGUGCCUUUCCGGCAGGAGGCGGCCAAGGUUCUCCUUUGCGGUGGACUGGCUGGGAUCGUGACGUGGGCGAGCGUUUUCCCUCUCGACGUCGUGAAGACCCGUGUCCAGACGCAGGUGUUCGAGGGCGGUAGUGGCACUCCCGCGUCGUCGUCGUCUCCUCUGCUGAGUCGGGGCGGAGGUGGCAAUGCCGGGCUCUCCUCCGGGGGGGGGAGGCUCGGUGCCGUCGAAAUGGCCCGGGCCGCGUACCGUGAGGGAGGCAUGUCGGUGUUCUUUCGAGGCCUGACGGUCUGUAGUGUUCGUGCUUUCAUCGUCAACGCCGUGCAAUGGGCCGUUUACGAGUGGAUCAUGGCAGAGAUGGGCCAUGGUAGGAAGCGAAAGGCAUCAAUAGAGUCCGGGUAG